GGGCUAUGGUCCACGGGGUUACAGAGAGUUGGACAUGACUGAGCGACUGACACUCUCACUAAAACCUCUGGAAAGUUUAGAAACAGGUUUAAGAAUGUACCUUCCCCGCCAGAGGCUCUCGAUGAGGCUGGGUGCGUGGAACUGAAAGGAAUUCACCCACAGGCUCACCGUGGUUCAUUUCUGGGCUUUUGUGUUUGUGUGUGUUGGCCACGCCUUGCGGCUGUGCGGUAUCCCGAUUGUCUGACCAGUGAUGGAACCCUGAAGUGAAAGUGUGGAGUCCUGACCACUGGACUGCCAGGGAGGUCCCUCGUGGUUUUAGCUCAGAGCCUGGUCUGUACCAGCCGGUGGUAGGUGCCCUCAUGGCGCUUUUUGCAUGAAAACCACUUGCCUGGUGUAGGGAGCUGUCAUCUUCCCCCAGAGUCCCUUGUUCUUGAACUUUGACAGGGGCUUUCUGGAUUUCAAAAAACAAAAUCAACUGUUUUGCUUUUGUUUACCAUCUCUGCUUUCAGGAAGGAAGCCAGCCCAUGGCUUUACAAUUCAUGUAUAUUUUACAUUAGUUUUAUCCUUUGAUUAUGCCCUAAACUUUAUAUCUUGAACAUGGCAUGAAUUAUCUCUCACUUGACAACUAAACAUAAAUAUGUGUGUUCUCUUUUUGCUCAGAUAUUCAGAGAAGCAAGGUGGUUGUGUUUUGUUUUGUUUUUUGAAUUGUAAUACAGCACAGAUGCAAGCAGAUGCUCAUUAAUUCUUGCUCCCUUCAAAGAUGGACUUUAGAAAAUUUCUCAUUUCCUGGUUGCUCUCAAAUAUCCUUUUUUGCCUCAUUAGUAAGCUGACUGGUAACUAUUGUGUCUUCUCUCUAGUGGCAUGAGAAAGUCCUUUGUUUAGAAAAAUGUGCCUUGAAUUUCAAUACUCUUAAAUCACUUUAGAUCCUCAGCUUCACACUUAUUCCAGUUGGAGCGUCAGCCCCUGUGUCUGCCAGUCAGCAGUUAACAGGCUGCGUGGUGCUGGGAAGGGAGCUCGUUUUGCAGAGGAAGGUACACUUGUCAGAGGUAUAUUCCUGUUGCCGUUUGGUCUUGGGAAGGAGAGGCUUUCCCUGAGCUGGAUUGCCUGAAACUUCGAAGACACCAGAUGGUGAAUUUGCAUAAAUUCAGAAUUCAGUUCAGAGAUCAUUCACCUGCAGCAUGUGGAUUCUAAAGGGGUCUAUGAAUGAGUUUCUGGGGUUAUUGAACUUUCUCCCUCACCCCCUGAGAUGGUGUGUCAAAGUGGGGGCCUGUAGACAUUUCUUUCUGGAAUGUUUUCAUCAGAGUUCAAAGGUUUCAUGAUCCAAAACAGGUUAGGAACCUUCCUCUUGGCAGACCUUCCUCCCCUCCUCCCCCUCAACUGGUAACCACACCCGGCGGUGUACACGUCAGGUCCACACUGCGGGCCGUCCCACCGUGAGUCUGACACUGAUUAACACGCACCGUCCCUCCAGCACGAAUACCUUAGGAGGUGAGUUACCAGUAUUGCUCCUGUUUCACAGAAGAGAAAACUGAAGAACCAAGAAGCUCGGGGCCUUGACGGAGGGCAAGUAAUGAAUAAACAUCAGGGACGAGAAGCCUGGAGCUGGAGGAAAAGGGAAACUGUUAGCUUCAGGAGUUGGCACGAGAGUUUUCAUGACACGAAGUUUUGUGUCUUUACUUCAUUGCCGUGUGGCUAAUGCUGGUUUGUGCUGGCGCUCAGAUGGCUCAGAAGACUCUCAGUGACGAAAGACGAGCAUCAGAAAGUGGCACGAACCAGCGAGUUCUACAGACACAGACCGAGAAGCACCCUGGCAAGCCUUUGCUUUACGUGCUCGGUUUGUGAAGCACGGACCGUGUGCGCUGCAUAAGAAGUAGGUGGCUGUGCUGGGGAGAUCCGUCUUCUUCCAAAAGCCAGAGUAGGCAUUGUGAUUCUGGCAUGCUAUUUGGUUUUUUUUUUUUUUCUUUUAGGAAUUUUCUAUUCAUUGGGAUGCCCAGUUACACAUGCCAAGUAGUUCUGCUAUUUCAGGCUUUUUUAAAUGAAAACCUUGCCAAUUACCUACUCCGUUCAUUUUCCCAAGAAACCGUCGCUGAGAGCCUUGAUCAGGCAGCGUUCGCCUGUGUGGCUGGUGUGGAACUGAUCCUGGGGUUGAAUUCUUCCCACUGGCAUCUUGUACUGUGAGAAGGGGGAGUGAGCUUACGCCUGACUCUAAAUUUAGCCUUUCCCGCUCUCAGAAUGGCACGUCUCACACAGAAGGCCAACUUUGGGCUGAUGUUUCUUCCCCAGCACAUUGCACGGUGUGGAGCUGGUGAAGCAGCUGCCACCCGGACUCUUAUGCAUUUUUUGCAUGACAUUUCAAAGAUCGCUGUGAAGUGUCCCCAGUUACGGCUGGUUCUCUCUUCAACCCUUAGGUCAAGCAGUGUCUAUUAACCUCAAAUAAACAGACCUUGUUAGAAGCUCACAGUGUCAUUUUUCUGAGUCCUGCCUUCAAGGGAAAAACAUAGUAGGUACAUAUAGAUGUAUCUCAUUAAGUGAACCACUAGUAAUAAUUCUGAUUUUAAAUAGCCAAGGCACCAAUAAUAUACCCAAAAGAAACAGAUUGCAUCCUCGGGUGUCUAGACUUAAGGUUACUUAAGCAUAAUCCGUAUACUAGGCAUAAACUUUUUAUCAAGAACCAGAAGUACCUGGUGUAAAUCAAAAGUUUGUCAAGGAAAUGCUGCCCGUGCAUCUUUGUAUUAAGAGUCAAAGCACUUGAAUCCUAAAAAUCUGAAUAUCAGGAGAGUUCACAUUUUCCUGUCCCUGGUACUUAUUCACUGUUUGCCCUCAGGUGAAGGCCUUAGCCUCUUCGCUCUCCAUUGUCCCUGUCUGUCUUAGAUGAAAAACCCAGGAUUCAGAUUAAGUGACUUGUCCAGUGUUUGCUCAAACCGGGACUAGAAGCCAGACCUUUGGAUCCUUUGCUGAUGAGCUAAGUUGCCUACAGACAUUGGCUUUGAUAGGGGGCAGUGCAGAGGGGCAGAGGAGGUAACCUCUUGCUGUGGUAGGUGGUGCCCAGCAGAUCCGAGGAGAGACCACAGAUUUACCCCCAAGUGACCUCCCUGCCAUGGAACAUGUUUUGUCUCAGUCGCUGCCCAGCCCCACGCAGCUGGGACAUGACACCAUCAGAUGACCUGGUGACGAUAACCGUGGCGAUACAGUCUGUUCCACUUGUGACAUAGCAGGUGUUCUUUGCACACAGCAUCUCACUGAACUGGGUUCUCGUGAUUACCCUGAGCCGGGGGUCCUUGUCCCUUUUUCACUGACUAGGAAGCAGGUCCCGAGGGUCACAGAGAGGAAGCCCAGGAUAAAGAGAGGAGAUUUUGCUUAUGUAGCGAGAGACAAAGAUACCAGGAUUUUGAAAUGUCAUGUGUUUCGAUGUGACACGCCCGCGAAAGCCAUCGCCACCAGUCUGCACGAAAUCUGUUCCAAGAUUAUGGCCGAACGGAAGAGUGCCAAGGCCCUGGCCUGCAGCUCCUUACAGGAAAGGGCCCACGGGAGCCUCGACGUCCCCCUCCAAGUAGAUUUUCCAACACCAAAGACUGAGCUGGUCCAGAAGUUCCACGUGCAGUAUUUGGGCAUGCUACCAGUGGACAAACCGGUUGGAAUGGAUACCCUGAACAGUGCCAUAGAAAGUCUUAUGACCUCCUCUAGCAAGGAGGCAUGGCCGUCAGUGAACAUGAGCGUGGCCGAUGCGACUGUGACCGUCAUCAGUGAGAAGAACGAAGAGGACGUCCUGGUGGAGUGCCGGGUGCGAUUCCUGUCCUUCAUGGGCGUCGGGAAGGACGUGCACACGUUUGCCUUCAUCAUGGACACGGGGAACCAGCAUUUUGAGUGCCACGUCUUCUGGUGUGAGCCCAACGCCGCUAACGUGUCGGAGGCGGUGCAGGCUGCCUGCAUGUUACGAUACCAGAAGUGCUUGGUAGCCAGGCCACCUUCACAGAAAGUUCGACCGCCUCCCCCGCCAGCAGACUCUGUGACCAGAAGAGUCACAACCAACGUAAAACGAGGGGUCUUAUCCCUCAUUGACACUUUGAAACAGAAACGCCCUGUCACAGAAACGCCAUAGCUGCAUACGUGAGAGGACUCUGUGCUAUUUGCUGAAGGUUGAAUAGCUACACUAAAGAAGAGGAGCUGAUCUCUGGCCUUCCAUUCAGUUGCUGAUGCUUUGUCUUCAGAGAAUUUAUCCUUAACCAAACAGUGUUAGACAAGCAUGUUCUCUCGUCUUGCCACCAUCGUGUGAUAUGAAAAGAAGCAUGACUAAUUUUUUUUGCUGUUGGUAAGUUACAUCAUGAGCAGUGGAAGGUCCCUUUCUUAUUGUAAAUAUCAUAAACCUUACGUAAUUUCACACACACACACACACGGGGAAGAACGUGGCCACAUCCCUCCCAGUGAAGAUGCUGAAUCCUUGGAGUGAAUGACACCUGAGUUAGUUUCGCUGUCUUCUUGACUGGAUCUGUCACAAGCAACUGUUCAGCCCUGCAGCACCUUGCCCUGUUUUCAGCAUUGGAUUAGACACUGCAUACUGGAUACCAUUGAAUGGCUAUAAAAAUUGGAUGACAAAUUUUUGUUUUAGUUUUUCAUAAAAUCGAACCUUUGGUUGACAGAACUGGCUGUUGGCAUCAGAAGAGAAGCCAGCUGGCAGCUUUCCUUGAUGAGCUUCUUGACACAUGGACACCAUUUCAUGUCUACAGCUGUUUGUGGGAUAUUGUUGGGGGGAAGUGAAGCUUCACAAUAGAAAAACUAAAUUUCAGAAAUUAAAAUCGAACAAAAAUAGCCUUUCUGUUUAGGUGGCUUUCAAACUGAUUAAGAAAAAGAAACAGAUUUCUAAAAUCAGAAUACAUUUUGGGUGGGACAUUAUUUCAAACUUCUGCCUUAUAUUGUACAAUGCAGCUACAGAAUUAUAGUUCACUAUGGCCAUUCUUUACAUAAACAACAUUAAAACGAAAUAUUCCUCGUAAGCCUUUCAUCCUUAAUUUGAUAAUUAGCCAAUAUGCAAUUUGGAGUUGAGGAAAUGCCAUUUUCUAUCGUAGAUCUCCUCCACCAUGUCAUGUUGCAGUCCCCAUUCUAGGUAAACGUUCUGCCAGGAUUCUACAUCUAGCUCAGUCUUACCCUAAUGCUUUUUGCCCAGAAAGCUGUCUGUCCAUCAUGUAUUGUCCAUGGCAACAAACUGCAUUACAUUGAACCUUUCUGCAUUUAUGUGUUUAAUAUUAAAAUUUGUUGAACUUUAGAUAUAUUUUUAAAUCUAUAUUUUUUCCACUUAUCUUCAAGAUUUAAGAAUUUCUUAUCAGAGCAAAAUAUACAUAGGAACAAUGUACUAUUUAACAGGUUUCCCAAAAAUAGCACUUUCCUGCUUCUUUAUCAAGACAAGAGACUUAGCUGUAAAGAUACACAGAUUUAGACUCUUGUUGAUACUGUUUAAAAGAAGUUGCUAAGAAGCUAAAUCUAAACAUGUUUUGUUUACUUUUCAGUGAUAAAAUUAUCAUUUUAUAGCAUCAUCCAGUUAUAAAAGCAAUGCUUUAUGUUUAUCUACUGCUAUGUACUUGUCAGAAUGGUUUCCACAUUUUUAUCAUCACAUUUGAGCCUUAUGAGGUAGAGAAGGUAAUAAACACAUUUGAGAAAUAGAAAAUAUGAAUUAAAGGGGCUCAACCACCUAGCCUAAAACCUCAGGAAAGUGAGUGAGAAAGCCAGGACUAGAACGCAUGCAUCUCAACUCCCAGUUAUUAAAGUUACACUGCUUCCACGCAAGUCAGGAGGAGUCUUUUCAAACUUACUCUGAGCAUAUCCAAUUAUUGUCAAGCAAUCUUAAGAUUCCCUGAAUAAGCAGGAAGUAUGGCCAGAUUACUUGUGCGGUAGAAUUAAGUAUAAAACCAAUGCCCUCUCUCAGUCCAGGACUUUUCCUGCAUUGUGCCUCAGAUGUGUUGUGAAGACAGGAUUCUGUGUGCAGCACAACCUGUUCAACCCACAGACUAUCCAGAGAUGAUGUUACACGCGGUAGAAAUAUUCCUAAUUCAUGAUCCUUAGCCACCAGACAACAUGAUGGAGUGGGUAGGUGGCCUCCCGCCCCUGUUCCCUCUCAGAACUCUGGAGUUGUUUGCUAGCACCCUAGAGUUAUGACAAAAAAGAUGCCACUCUAGCAAUGAAGUAUACUUCUCACCAGCCUAUAUACUAUUCUAUGGAAGUUACCAGUAACAUCCUAAGAAAUUACAUCAUUAAAGGAAUCCUUACUGUGCCCUUCAGAAUUCAAUCACGAUGAUCUUUCAUCUUGACCUCCAUAGUGAAACAUUUUCGUGUGAUAAACUUCAAAAUUCUUAACUAGUGAGCCACUUUUAUAUUGGAAAUCUCUACCAGAGCCGCAUUCAUUGUUAAGGCAUAUGUUUGUUUUCAGGAUCAAGAAUACUGAGCUAGCUUUAAAUAGCAAACUGAUUUAUAUAUGCAAUUAUAGGAUACAUUAAGAUGAAUGAUAGCCUUUACAUACUGAAAACUUUACUGCCGAUAUUUUGCUUUAAAAAUAGCUUUGCAUAGUAAAUGCAAUUACUUUUGUAAAACUAAUUAUGUUAAGCCGUAUGUUCAGACACUUUCUGCCAUGGCCAAAAAGUAUGUAUGAAAGUGUGUGUGUAUUUUCUGUGAAAGGGUGCCAGUGUUUUAUCUGAUAUUGUAGUGACUCUUCAGUUAUCUAUGCAUUCUUUGUAUCUGUGAUUCGGUAAACAGGCGGCCAUGUUCACUAUGCCUUGUAUGUCUUAUCAUUUUUUUAAUUAACCUGUUAAAUACAGCUUAAAAUAUUUUUAUUUUAUUUAUUCUAUUUUUACUGAAAUAUACUGCAUUAUUGUGUUUAAUGUAUUAUUAUCUUUACUGGAUAUUAUCUCUCAAUGUAUCCAGGUCUAAGUAAUCUCAGUGAACUAUACAUUGCCUCAAAGGUGGUUUUGUAAUGAUUUGUAGUCACAUUUUUAUUGGAAUAUGUAGAAGAAACGGCAAAAUACUUAGAAGUUUCUUUUUAUUUUUUAAAAGCAGCUAGAUAGACGCAUACUUGCCACCUCAUAUGUGUGCUCCUUGGCCACAUCAAGGGGAAUAGCCAACAUGCCUAUGGCUGGGAGCUUCACUUUGCAAACUAAAAGCACUGCUUGCUGCUCCAUUCUUACACCCUUCACAACACGUGUGAACUUAUCCAGAGACACACACAUGUCCUCAAGCCCUUGAAUAUAUGAUCAGCCUUAGCUAACUGGGACCGUUGUUUUUUGUUUAUGUCUGUCUGACUGCAUGAAGCAACAUUAGACCCAUUCUCAUUAAAAUGAGUUCUUGGUGAUAAACUGUUGGCACCGCUACUUUUUAAAAAAUGCCACGUUCAUGAUUUUAUGAUGAGCAUUUGUGCAAGCCUACACAAGGUCAUCUGCUAGAGGCCCCAAGUCUGUCCUCCUUUUCUUACAUGACCCACUCACUUCAUAGGCACUGCAACACAAAGUAGAGAUUUCAUUAACAAUGUGAAAAACAUUCCCCUAGCUGAUAAUAGCACAGCCUAACUAGUAAAAGCAUUAGCUCUCUAGUUUGUCAGGCUUACUCCACCCAGUACACAGCUAACAUGUGUUACACAGCCUGUAAAAUGAAGUUCAUUUCAGCUUCAGAGAAAAGACACUGCACACACUUUAUCAGUGAGAGCGCCCCCUGCCAUCCAGAGCAGCUUGUUUAUCCCAAAAGAACUUUUGGUUUUGCUUUUGGCCACUUGUGCUGUUGACCACUUUUACACAUUUAAAUGUAAUAUGUUGUGAGAAUAAACUUAGCUGCGUGAAA